UUUUAUUUCUCGUGUGUGAGGAGAGAAGUGUAUUAAUUUAUUAGAAUAUUAUCGCUUUUCCGCUCUCUUCCGCAUCCCCGAUCGUCUCUGUGCGUUGUAGCUGUAAAAAAAAAAAAAUAUAGUCUUCUAUGUGCUCGAAAUAAAGAUUAUUUCACGUAAGAUAUCAAACUUUUGUAAAUAAAUGAUCUCCUAAAGAAAUGAGUUCACUUCAGCAAACUGGUCGAUUCCUACCAUUUGCUAACAAUAAUAUACAACGCAAGCAACUUCCUACACAAGGUGGAUUGCCGCAGAGCUUAAGUGGCAGCGAUACAGACGUAUCAACAUCAAAUGAAAAUUUGAGUAACGAAGAAAGAUAUGUAAUAAGACAUACGGCACGUCAGGAACCUCAAGGCCAAGAAAACCAGCAGCAAACUCCGUCGAGAUCGUCUAGCCACAAAGAGAAUAUUCCCAAUAUUCAAGGCAAUCUGUUGAACAGAAACAGUUUGAAGGAUAGUCUAAAUGGCUCGAAUAGAAAUAGUUUGAAGGAAAGCUUGACUGGGUCCAAUCGCAACAGUCUCAAAGACAGCAUCAACGGUUCCAAUAGAAAUAGCCUUAAGGAUAAUCUGAGUUCUAAUCGAACCAGCGUUGGUUCUAACAGAAGUAGCCUGGAUGUUUCGACCAGCUCUUAUAACACCCUUAUCAUACACAAUGCCAACGACGAAAAUUCCUGGACACCAUCUAGCAGAUUAUCAGGAAUGGUGAGAGAACAUGGAGAAAUGGGCUAUCUGUACUGCGAGGGUGGAGGUAAGGGCCACUCUAAUAGCCCAACUAUGCAAUCUUUGACCAGUCUUCCUCAUGACGAUCAUCAUUAUGAGCAGCCCGGAGGAGGUGGAGGGUGCCAAGAAAUAACUGAUAUUCCAGAUGACUAUCUCAAUCAAUCACAGGUGUUGAAACACCUUGCUAAAGAAGUGAAAAUACCUUCGUAUGGAAAAUUGACCAAUAAUGGCAGUAGUAUAGAAAUGAGGAUGCGAGAGAGAGAUGGAGAGCGCGGUAAACAAAGUGAAACCGAAUUCGAAGACAGGCCACCUCCGUCGUACACUUCUACUAUGCUACCGCUCAAGAGUAAACAUAGACUUCUUGGUCCAACAGAAAAAUUGACACUCUCAAGAUCUCAACCUGACCUAUCAAGGAUUGGGAAAACUGAUACGGAUAGUUAUGAUCCACGCACAACGUCUCCAAGGCCUCAAACAAAAGGUAGGGAGGAGAGGGAAACGGCGGCAGGCGAGAUCUGGCCUUCGGCCGAAAUGGUGCAAAUUUUGAUCCAGGAAAACAGCGCGUUGAAAUUGGAGCUCGAACGAUGCUACGGCAAAGUGUCUAAGUCCCAAAAACUUGAGCAUGAAAUAGCCAAAGUUCAUCGUGCCCAUGAGGAAUUGGCAGCAUCUUGCGAGCGCAGAGAGAAACUGGAAAGGGCUGCUCGAGCUAGGCUCCAAGGCGACUGCCGUCGCUUGACUGAUUUGAAUCGUGCGUUGAGGGAGCAAAUUGAUUUGUUGGCUUCACGAACGGAUACUCCUCCAAUCGUUGAAUCUCUAAGGAAAGAACUAACGCAACGAGAAUUAUUAAUCGGUCAACUCAUCACCCAAAACAAAGAACUGGCGGCUGCUAAAGAGAGACAAGAAAUUGAAUUGGCAGCACAGCGAGCAACCCUGCAGGAACAGAGAACACACAUUGAUAUUUUAGAUACAGCUCUUACAAAUGCACAGGGAAAUGUUGUCCGCCUGGAAGAAGAGUCUCGAAAGAAGCAGGUCUACGUUGAGAGAGUCGGUCAGCUCCAACGCGCUUUAUCCUCGCUUCAAGCAUCAAGUGAUAGACGAGAAGAAACGGAGCGACAACUUAGAGGCCAGUUGGAGAGAGAAUUGAGAGAGGGUGGAUGCGGAGGCACGAAUAGUGGCGAGCACGCAUCGAACGGCGAGACAAUCGCUGAAUUGAAACGAAGGUUACGUGAACGAGAUGAAAAAAUCAUGUCCUUAGAAGGAGACGUGACUAAAUGGGAACAACGAUACCUGGAAGAAAGUGCCCUUCGUCAAGCUGCUAUUGACGCUGCCAGUUUGCCCAAGGAUGCUAAAAUCGCGGCACUGGAGAAAACGAGCCAAGAUGCUGAAAAAAUGAUAGCGGAGGCUCGUUCCGAGAAAAUGCGUCACAUGGACGAGGUACAUGCCGCGCAGAAGAAGCUUGCCGAUCUCGAAUCAAGAAUGAAAGACUUGGAAUCAAAACUGGCUGAACGAGACGCAAUGAUACGGGUCUUGCAAAAACAUACGUAUGACAAGGACAGUAGUAGCAGUAGCGGAGUUGGUAGCUACCCCGCAGCUCACUCAUCUCAUUCAAGUACAUCUGCAGAUCAUCAUACGGUCCUUACUUCUACACCGGAACUCGUGAGCAGUGUUUUAAGCGGCGGAAGUGGAUACGGUAGCGGUGGUUCUUUUGCCGUUUCCGACAGCUAUAAUAAAUAUAGAAAGCAAGGCAGCUUUGAGCAAACCAACAAAAGCCUAGAUGACCAAUUGAAAGAACUAGACUCUCAGCUUCUCAGCAAGCGGGCACUUUGCUGUUUUCCAGGAUUCUCUAAUCCAGGCACUACGUCGCGAAAAGGAAAAAUACCCAAGCCAUUAUUGGCGGGUGUAGAUAGCACAGGUAGUUCGAGUACUGCAUCCAGUAAAAGUCGUCUCCUCGACGAUUCGGGAGGUGAAGCUUCCGGGGAUUUGCUGGAGUUUGCCGCCGCUACGAGGUUCAAAGGUACGGCGUCCAGGUUGUCGGACAGUAGGCCGGAGGAGAUGAUGUUGCUGGAAAAACAAGGUAGGAGUUCUCAGCGACAGAGAAUGCAAGAGGGGGAGCCACGCAGGGCUGGCAGUCUCCCUCCGAGCUCGUUGCCUCGUCCUCCACGUUCCUUGAAAGCGACAAACAACCCACGCUACUGUCGUCUGAGCGACACGGAAACCCGUAAGAAGUCGGACCCAGGACCGAUAAUCGAAUCUGCUAUGAAGGGACGCGAUUCUGGUAAUUGCACCCUCGAAUAUGGCAGACUUGACUCGAAAGGUCAACGGCGGAAAAAAUCUUCAAGCUCCGAGGUCUCCAUUCAGAGCACUGCGACGAGGAAAUCUCCUUCACUGAUGAUCGGACCCAGUGGGGAGUACGAAAGACUGGGAGAUGUUCAGCGAAAGAAACAGGCAAUCGCCGAGGUGAAACACAGGGAAAAUCAGGGCCGUUCCAUGAUCCCUCCGCCGUCAAGACGUAUCGGAGAAUAUGGUCGUCUCAGCGACAGCGAGGGGCGGGGCACCCUGAGAAAACAAAUUGGCUCCAGAGGACAGAGCACCGGCAGUACGGUCAGCAGUAAAAGCGGAGGACGUGACUCCGGAGGCACUGCUAGCAGCGAAGCUUCGACCUCUUCGUUACCACCUACCAGGGCCAGGUCAAUACCUCGGCCUAGCAAUUACAGGAUUCAAUUUUAGAAUAUUUACGUAAAUACGAUUUACCACGACUGUUGUUCGUACGCAGCCAUGAAAAGAUUGUUUUCUUUUUUUUUUUUUCAAUUCAUUCUCUUUGUUACUCAUGAAUAUGCAUACAUAUACGCGCGUGCAGAGUGCGCACAACUUGUAUAUAUGCAUACGCAUGGACACGUACUGUGUAGUAAUAUUUAUAGGUAAGUCCGCAAGCCAAUCAUUACGCCAUAAUAGACAUACAUUGUAUAGAUAACGACACGUAAAAUAGUGAUUGUAAGACCUAGUCAUUACCAAAGUAAUUUCUGUACUGAGGAAUAAUUUUCUCGUGUCACAUGCGCAUAUAUAGUCGUUUAUCUUAGAGUUUUUCCCUUCCUCUGUUUUUUCUGCCGGUGAAAUCACUGAACCGAUGAGAAUGGACGAUGCAACAAACGACUUCUUCUCUUGUGCAUCGGAUCGUGAGCAACGUUGUAUUAAUGUGCCUUAGGAAAAUCGCCUUACAGCUUAGAGGGUACGGGAAAAUUGUAAUAUUGAAAAAAAAAUUUUUACCGCAGGAUAUACCGAGUAAUAGAUGGUGUAACGGAUAUACCUUGCUUGAAAUUCCGAUAGACUUGGAAAGAAAUUCACAAAUCAUUCAAGUUCUAUCUUCUUCUCUUUCCGCAAAUGUUUUUUAAUAAUUUAUCUGUCUUUUUAAAAUUGUCGAGUAAUAUCGUAUACCGAUUGAAUUUAGAAAACAUUGAAAAAAAAGUAGCUUAGGAUCCCAUAAGACUGAUCAAAUGGAUACUGAAGAAACAAAACUCACUCAAUUUUACUGAAUUUGUUUG